AUGGAAAGAAGUUCCUUGAUAAUUCUGUGGUGUUGGUUUACUUGCAUCAUUUCCGAUGAAUGGAGACUGGCGAAACAGGAGGACGAUCCGACGUACGAAAGAUACCAACACGUCGAAGAGAUGAUUGCGCAGCAACCAACCUUAUAUAUGCGUUAUAGAACGUACACCACGAGCUACAAUUACGAAUGUCUGUACAUCAAAUUUGGCGACAAAAGCGGAUCGAUCUAUCCGGAAACCACUCUGGGGUACAAGGUGCCAACAAGAGAUUAUGCAGAGACAAGAAAAGUAACAGUAACUGUCAAGACAACGCAGUAUCCAAAGUCGAGAGGCGGAAGCGCCCCACGGAGUGCUCCAAACACUUUAUCCUACGAAAAAGUAAACGAAGACGAAUUCCAAGACGACACACAGCAUGAUUACUAUCUAAUAUAUGCUGACACUAAUAAAUGUGCCGUGAUGAGGAACCCCCAACAGGACGGAGGCUAUGGUUGCGAAAUGUUUGUCAGCGACUCUUCCUUACAACCGUCAGAAACCUGUAAAACGAUGUAUUCGAGUUCCUGUGGAAAGGUUAAAAACACUGUCUGGAAUAGCGAUUGCGACAAAGCGAUUAAAGAAGAGGAGAGUAUUGAUUGGGGCGAUAAGUGAUGGGGGACAAUGUUUAGCCACUUGUCACCGCAGUGACGCAGCAACGAGAGGUACGGGAAGGA